UGCUAGCCCUUCCAGCCGUGGGGGACUUAUGCUGUUAGACCAGUCCCAUUAUUCGCUGGUGACUAUUAUAGUCCAAGACAGAAAUGACAGCCCACCUCGUUUCGAAAACGAUUCAUACAAAGUAUCUUUGUUUGAAGACAUUCCAGUAGGACAUACAGUGACAACUAUUUCAGCAACAGAUCCAGAUUUGGAAGGAGAAUUGUCUUAUUCUUUAGCGGAAACGCAGAAAAUCCCACAGUUUCGGGUCGAUUCUAGAUCAGGAAUUUUAAUUCUUCUAGAGCCAUUAGACAGAGAAAUACAGGAGGUACAUCAUUUGGUCGUUCAGGCCAGUGAUGGAGUACAGACGUCGAGAACCGAGGUCACCGUUACUAUUACUGACACAAAUGAUAACCCUCCCGAGUUUGAGCACAAUGUCUACUCCUUUGAUAUUCCUGAGGAGAUCCAGAGAGGAGCUUCAGUUGGUAAAGUUUCUGCUACAGACAAGGACAUUGGUGUUAAUGGACAGAUCAGUUAUAGUGUGUUGAGUGACUGGGGCAAUGAUAUUUUCUCCCUCAACCCACAGACUGGUGUGUUUAUUCUGACUUCUCAUCUAGAUUAUGAACAGGUUCAACAUUAUAUCUUUGUUGUACAAGCCCAAGAUUCUGGCCAACCCAUUUUGUCCAGCACUGUUACUGUGUACUUUAAUGUUCAGGAUCUAAAUGAUAAUGCACCACUGUUUGAUCCAAUGAGCUACAGCAAUGAAGUGUAUGAAAAUGUCACAGUGGGUACAAGCAUCGUAAGUGUCAGUGCAACUGACUUAGAUUCAGGGGAUAAUGGUAACAUCAUAUAUGCCAUCGUAGAAGGUGAUAGAGACAACCAAUUUGGUAUUUCAGCAAAUGGAACAAUCUUCACCUCAAAACCUCUAGAUCGAGAAACUAAAUCUUUUUAUAACUUGAUUGUAAGUGCCACUGAUCAGGCAUGGCCAGAAGAACGACGCCUGUCCAGCACCGUUCAAGUGACCAUUAUUUUAAAGGAUAUAAAUGAUGAAUCUCCAGAAUUUACUAUGUCAAACACCACUUCUGUUCUAGAAAAUGUUCCAGUGAACACAGUAAUCAUGGCAGUGAAAGCUAUUGAUCGGGAUGAAGGUAAAAAUAGUUACAUAGAAUAUAGCCUCUUCUCUGCAACAGAUAAGUUUUUGCUUGGACCAGUAGACGGACUACUUCGAGUUAAUGGACCCCUUGAUCGAGAAAUAAAGUCUCAAUAUGAAAUUACAGUAACUGCCAAAGAUAGAGGGAUUCCAUCGAGAUCAUCAUUUAUAAAUAUUGUUGUUGACAUCUUGGAUGAAAAUGAUAACAGCCCCACUUUUGAUCCUAGGCAGUAUAGUGCAUCAGUAUCAGAAAACACUAGUAUAGGAUUGAGUGUUCUGGAGGUUUCAGCAACUGAUCAAGAUAAAGGGCUAAGUGGUCAGGUUCAUUACUCAAUUAUUGCAGGUGACACUAACCUUGAUUUUGUAAUAGGUGAAGACACGGGAAUCAUUAGAGUGGGUAAAAAUUUAGAUUAUGAAAGGAAGAAUAGGUAUACUCUUACUGUUCAGGCAGAGGAUGCUGGAGAUGAUGUACGAUAUGAUACUGCUACUGUUACAAUAUCAGUGACAGAUAUCAAUGAUAACCCUCCGACAUUCCUCAACUCUCCUCAUGAGAUUCAUGUGAUGGAGAAUAUAGAAUCUUUACCAGCUUAUCUAGUAACUCUUACAGCUCAGGAUGCAGACUUCCUUCCUAAUAAUCACAUCCAUUACUUGAUUAAAGAUGCCGACAAGAGUCUUUUUGCCAUCAACUCUACUACAGGUCAAAUCUCCUUGAUGAGGAUGCUAGACAGAGAACAACAGUCACAAUACACAUUAAGUGUUCUGGCAAUGGAUUCGGGGAGUCCACGCCAGACGGGCACAGGGACAGUAACUGUGGUGGUCAGUGAUGAGAAUGACAAUAAACCUAUUUUUGAGAGAUCUCAUUAUAUAGCUACUGUAAUGGAAAACUCACCACCAGGCUCUGAAGUGAUAACUGUGACUGCCAUUGAUGCAGAUAUUGGAUCUAACAGCAUUUUGACGUAUACUUUAAUUGGAGAUAAUCUUGCCCAGUUUGAAGUAGAUCCUUACUUAGGCACUAUCAAGACGCGUGCUGCUCUGGAUCGGGAGGAGAAAGAAAUCUAUGAAAUGGUUCUGGUUGCAAAAGAUGGUGGGUUAACUGUACAACAUUCCACACAUGUGCAUAUAACCAUUGAAGUUGGAGAUGAAAAUGAUAAUUAUCCCAUUUUUUCUGAACAGAACUCAACUGUGUAUCUUCCAGAUAAUGCACUUGCUGGGCAUUUUGUUUUUGGGCCCUCUGUUCAUGAUAUUGAUGCUGGUUUGAAUAGCAAACUUGUUUAUCACCUAUCUGGAACUGAUACAGACAAGUUUCAAAUAAAUCAAGAUACUGGCAUAGUGAAAAUUGUUCAAAAGCUAGUCUACAAACCAGAAGGUUAUCAUAUCAAAAUUCAUGCAACUGACAACAGUCCUACACCAUUAUCUUCCAGCAUUAGUGUCCAAGUCUACCUAAAACCAGCAGAACUCUUUCCAAUUUUUCAAACUGGAAAUCGCCAAUUUGUUUUUUCAGAAACUGCAAGAAAUACAUCUAUCACAACAGUAGCUGCAACAUCUCCAAAGUCAGGGGAAGCAGGAAUGAUUUCUUAUCACUUUGCAGGUGGAAGCUUUGAAGAAGCAUUUGAGGUUGAUUCUCAAAAUGGUAGGGUUUGGCUUCUUGGAGGUCUGGAUUAUGAAAUUUCAUCAAAAUAUGAACUUUGGAUUGAAGCAAGAGACAGUGACAUUCCACAUUUAAGAAGUGCAGUGAAAAUAGAAAUAGAAGUUACUGAUGUUAAUGAUAAUAGCCCAGUUUUUGAAGCUGAAGUGUACAAUGCUACUGUUAUGGAAGAACAAGAUCCGCCACAACUUGUCUUUGCUCUUCAAGCUAAAGAUGCUGACAGUGGAGAAAAUAGUCAAAUUCUUUACCACCUUGUGAACAAUGAGGGUUCUGAUGUGCCAUUCAGUUUGGAUUCUAAUUCAGGGAAAAUUUAUAUAAAAUCUGUUUUGGACAGGGAGGAAAUUGAAAUUUACAAACUUGUUGUUGAAGCUGUUGAUCAAGGAGUACCAAGUAAAACUGGAACAGCUACAGUAUUCGUCACAGUACUUGACAAGAAUGACAAUCCUCCAAGAUUCACUCGUUUAUUCAGUGUGAACGUGACAGAAAAUGCUCCCUUAGGCACUUUUGUAAUCCAAGUGACAUCAUCAGAUAAAGAUAUUAGUAUGAAUGCAAAUGCAACGUACAGCUUUACUGAGAAUCCUGGAAGUAAGUUUCAUAUUGACCCCCUUACUGGAAAUGUUACGGUGUUUGGCUGGUUAGACAGGGAAGUUCAGGAUGAGUAUCUUUUAAAGGUGGUUGCUGUUGAUGGAUCUUGGCGAGCUGAGACAACACUGACCAUUACAAUUCAAGAUGUGAAUGACAAUGCUCCUUUAUUUUCUGAGAAGAUUUACACCUUUAAUUAUCCCGAACUGCAACCAACCAUUGGCUUUGUUGGACAAGUGUCAGCUAUAGACAUAGAUAAACAUGGACCAAAUUCAAUGGUGACUUAUUCUUUGAAGCGGCCCUCAAACUUUUUCCGUAUCAAUCCAUCUAGUGGAGAGAUACUGAGCAAGGAAGUUCUUCAUUACAAAAUAUCAUCAAAAGGAUUUUCUCCAGAGAACCAGCAUAGAAUACAAGUUAUUGCAACUGACCAUGGAAAACCUCCAUUAUCAAUGGAAGUUAACAUUGUUAUUAAUAUAGUGGAUUCAAAUAAUAAUCAACCUCUUUUCCAAAAAAAAGAAUACUUCACUCCUGUCACAGAAAAUGUUGGAAUUGGAACCUCUGUUAUACAAGUUAUUGCAAAUGAUAAUGAAGAUGUUGGAGUCAAUGCUCAAAUAGAAUAUCAAAAAAGUGGAGGAAAUGGAACAGCAUUUUUUAAUGUGCACAAAACCACAGGUUGGGUCACUGUAGCUGAAUCUCUGUUAGGUCAACAGGAAAAAUGGUUCUUGCUGAAACUGCAAGCAAUUGACAAAGGUGUUCCACCCAAAUCAUCAGAAGUUCUUCUUAGUAUUAUUGUAACAGUUGAAAAUCUUCAUGCUCCUGUCUUCACAGCACUUAGUUACCAAGUGAUUGUGCCUGAAAAUGAACCAGCAAACUCGGAAAUAAUUACUGUUAAAGCUAGUGAUAAAGAUCAAGGUCUCAAUGGUGAAAUCAUUUAUUCCAUAGUAGCAGGAAAUAAUGACGAAAAGUUCCAUAUUAGUCCUAACACAGGUUCAGUGAGCAUUCAGGAACCUUUGGAUUAUGAGAAUGGUACAGAGUUCCAUUUGAAUAUUACUGCAACAGACAGAGGAUUUCAGGCCAAACAUACCACAUCAAUGUUGACGGUAAUUGUAACAGACAUCAAUGACAAUCCACCUUUUUUCAAUGCAUCAAUCUUCAAUGCUUUUGUCAUGGAAAACAAACCUCCUGGAACAUACAUUACACAAUUAGUUGCAAAGGAUACAGAUUCUGGCAUUAACUCUGUUAUUCAAUAUUCAGUCAUAGGAGAAGGAAAAGAAUUCAUGAUAGAUCCUCAGUCUGGUGUUAUUACAUCAAAAAGUAUAUUUGAUUAUGAAGAAAAAAAUAUCUUUACAUUAGAAAUAAUGGCUAGUAAUCCUGGUUCUUCACAGUAUAGCUCCACAAGUCUACGUGUCCAUGUCAUUGGUCAAAAUGAAUUUUAUCCUCGAUUUGUACAGCCAGUCUUCCAGUUUACUGUUAGUGAAUCAGCAACUGUUGGAAGCCCAGUAGGAAGCCUUUUGGCUACUGAUGAAGAUUCUGGUCCAGAUGGUGACCUGUUCUUUGUGUUUGUAGGCAGCAGUAAUGACCGUGGCUUUUCAGUGCAGUCAGAAACAGGGCAGAUUACCGUAGCUCGAAGGUUGGACAGAGAAUCUCAGUCUCGUGUCAUCUUGUCUGUGAUAGUGAAGAAUAGGGGAAGCAUAAGAGGAAAUGAUACAGAUGAAGCCCAAGUUGUCAUCAGCAUCCAAGAUGAUAAUGAUCCACCAGUAUUCUCCUUGUUAGUGUAUGAAAUUCAGGUGAGUGAGGCAGCAGAAUUGGGAUCAAAAGUCAUUACAGUCUCAGCAGUAGAUAAAGAUGUAAAUCCAGAAAAUAGCCACUUUGCUUACUCUAUAAUUGCAGGCAAUAUCAAUCAAGUAUUUGGCAUAGAUCAUCAGUCAGGUACAAUCUACACUGCAGGACAACUAGAUAGGGAAUCCUUAGCAAUUUACAAUCUAACCAUUGCAGCUGUUGACAAUGGUUCUCCACCACAAACAGGUACAACUAUUGUUAAAGUACUUGUAACUGAUGUGAAUGACAAUGCUCCAAUUUUUGACCCUCCUGAUGUUAUUGGAUAUGUUAUGGAAAAUGAACCAGCCUUCACCAGUGUGAUGGUAUUAAGUGCUUCUGAUCAUGAUUUGCCACCCAAUGGUGCCCCAUUUUUGUACUUUUUGACUGCUGGGAAAUAUCAAGACUUCUUCCAAAUUGACCACCAUACAGGUUUAGUCAAGACAACUCGGAGUAUUGAUCGUGAAAGCACACCAAAUAUCGAGCUCCUUGUUGAAGUUCACGACAGUGGUCUACCUCCAAAAAAAGCACAGCAUCCAAUCAGUAUUGUCGUACUAGAUAAAAAUGACAGUCCUUCUUCCAUUAGAACUUUAACAGUGCUGGUUUGGAUUUUUAAUAAAAAGUUUCCUGGUGGUAAAAUAGCUGAUGUUCAUCCUUCUGACCUUGACCUAACCGGAAAUUAUCAGUGUACACUUCACAAGGGAGACAUAAAUAUUUUUCGUAUUCCAAGCAAAUGUGACCUCCAUGUAAUACCACUGCAGAAUCCACAAAAUUAUGUUAUAACAGUGAAAGGUAAUGAUGGGCAACAUACAGAUGUAAUAUCUACAACCCACGUGCAGUUUAUGAAAUUUGACAACCUUACAAUAGAGAACAGUGUAACGGUACAGAUCCUGAACCAAUCUACCAAUGAAUUCUUGAUGCAUCAGUUUCAACACUUUGAGAAGGCACUCAAAGACAUGUUUAAAUCCUUGGGAAUUCCAAUGUUGUAUAGCUUAACUGCCAUAAGCAGCCACCUAGAACUAACAGUCGCUGUAAGGACAAACACUGGGAAUUACAUCUCGCAAGAAGAUGUUUUUACUGUACUUAAAGAAAGAAAAACAUCUCUACAAAACUCAAUUGGUAAACAAGACAUUAUUAUUGGAUUUGAUCCUUGUAAGAACAUGCCUUGUAAAAAUGAUGGAAAAUGCAAUAGUUACUUGGAAUUACAAGAUUCACUUUCCAUCUUGGAUUCCCCAUCCUUGAUUUUUACAUCCCCUGCCAUCAGACGUCAGUUUUCAUGUACUUGUCCAAAAGGGUUCUCAGGUACCUUGUGCCAGUAUCAGCAAAAUCCUUGUUCACCUAACCCCUGUUUGAAAGGUGGAACUUGUCAUCAUGAUGGUCAAAACUUUCAAUGUGAUUGUCAUUCUAAGUAUGAGGGUAAAAGAUGUGAAGCUUUAAGAACUGACAUUUGUGCUAGUUCACCAUGUGAAAAUGGAGGGACCUGCGAAGAAGCUCCAAAUGGCUUGUUUUUUUGCUUAUGCCGGCCAGAUUUUAGAGGUACUGUCUGUGAACAUGCUACAGACAGUUGCUAUCGUUGUGCUUGCAGAGCAAACUAUUUUGGAAGACACUGUGAAAAGUCACCUUUUGGUUUUCACCGAUACUCUUACAUGGCAUUUCCUGCACUUAGGUCUUCAACUAAUGACAUAUCUAUAGUUCUUUCUACUAAUAAAAGAGAUAGUCUGCUUGUUUAUAACUAUGGCAGACAGAGUGGUGGAAGAUCUGACUUUGUAGCUCUGGAACUACAUGAUGGUAGACCAAUGUUUUCCUUUGGAGGUUCUCGUACAGCAGUUGCAACUAUUCGGGCAAGAACAAAUGUUGCUGAUGGUAAAUGGCAUAAAAUCACUGUGAUACGCAAUGGAAGGGUGACAUCAUUGUCAGUGGUUGACUGCUCCAACAGUGGUGAUGUGUGUAAGGAAUGUUCCCAUGGUAAUACUAGUUGUUCUGUAUCCAUAACAGGCCAUACUGGAUCUCUAAAUUUCAACGAAAAUCCCAUGUAUUUUGGAGGAAUACCGACUAUCGAUCCUCUUCUUGAGCAACCAGGUCAAGUAAGCACAGAUGAUUUUGUGGGCUGUGUUCACAGUGUGGCAGUGAAUGGCCGCCAACUAGACCUAAGUUCUCCUGUGCAGUCUGCUCAUGUUACUUCAUCAUGUGAACGACGGUAUGACAGCUGUAAGUCUGAGAGUACUUCUCUCUGUGGGGAAUAUGGCACCUGCCAAGACUUGUGGUUCACCACCACAUGCAUUUGCCCCAAUGGACAACAGGCACCAAAUUGCAAACAAGCAUUUGAGCCAAUAUCUUUGGGUGACCAAGAAGCUUUUAUAGAAUUAGUUCCUCAAGAAGAAUUGCGACGAUUUUUACUCAGGAGCUACUCUUAUUAUUCUGGGCAGAAAUGGAAGCGUUCAGUCUCUAGAACUGAGCUUUCUGUCACCAAGUCUCUUUCUGUUACAUUUCGUAGUAGUUCACCAGAUGGGCUUCUCAUAUAUGCUUCUACAGAAAAUGAACAUACUAUUUUGCGGUUAAGAAACAAAGUUUUGAUAUACAGUUCCCAUCAGAAGUCUGAAAAACCUGUGACGUUAGCAUUUGAAAGUAUAAAGGUUGCAGAUGGAUUGUGGCACUCUCUAACUCUCACACUAAAUGCUGGCUCAGUCAACAUCACUUUAGAUCAGGAAUGGCAAUCAACUGAUCCAGACCACAAAGUUCAUGAUUUUCUUGAUCCAUUUUUGACUGUUAUGACUAUUGGUGGGCACUUGAAUGAAAUAAUAGAUGGAAAAGAUAGUCGAGUUCCUGGAUUUCAAGGAUGCAUUCAUACACUGACCAUUAAUAAAAAAGUUCAAGGACUGAACUUGACUGGAGGAUUCUUUAGAAUGAUUCCCCAUGGAAAUGUACAUGCAAGCUGUAGUGAAAAAGUGCUAGACAUAGAUGUGGCCUCAACAGACCCUCUUAGUAUUGGUGUGAUUCUUGUUAUAGUGUUCUUUGUCAUCCUUUUAGUUGUUAUCAUGAUAAGUUUUUUUGUUUUCCGAAGAAGAAAGCAACAACAAGGCAAACCCCAUAAUCACAUAAAACCACAAGGAAAUGCAUUUUUAGCCAGUGCUGGCAUUGAGAACCAGAGAAGUAAUCAGGAUUCAAGCUAUAAUGACACUGGUCAAGGGGAUGAUGUAACAAGAAGUCACCUACCACAGGACUUAGUGCCAAAGAAGAUGAAAGAUCGAGAUGUGCCAACUGAAUGGCCCCAACGGCCAGACAUUAUCGAAAGAGAAGUAAUACAGAAGUCAUCGAGUAUGUCUGUGCACAGAACAGAUGAGUUAUCACUUCAAGAUGCUUCUAAGGCCUCCAGUGGGUUUGCAGUGCAUGAUAUAAAUGGUUCUGAUAUUCCAGAACAUUAUGACUUGGAAAAUGCCAGUAGCAUUGCUCCUUCUGACAUAGAUAUUGUAUAUCACUAUAAAGGAUUCCAUGAUGGGAAUCAAAGAAAGUACAAAACUAAUCCACAUAUUCCCAACUAUCAUAAACAUAACCACAGACACAGCCCUCACCAGUUCCAACCUAGUCCUAUUCGAGAAAGCCCUCGUAGUGUGCUUCACCAAAGCCCAAAUUCUAUUCAAUCAAGAGACAGUUCUGCUCAUAAAAUGCUAAAUACCCCACUUGCACGACUUAGUCCCUCAAGUGAACUUUCUCAUCAAACUCCACGCAUAUUAACUCUUCAGGAUAUAAGUGGAAAACCCUUACAAACUGCUCUUCUUGCUACAUCCCAAAUUGUGGGAUCUAAAGAUCCUGUCAAUAACUCGGAACGAAGUCUCAAUAGUCCCGUAAGCAAUUUAAGUCACAGUACCAUCAGUCUGCAUUCUCGUUCACAGUCGGGAAAUAAAAAAAAAGCUAGAAAUUCUGGAAUUAACUUAUGUUUAACAGCAGAAGAAAUAGACAGGCUUAAUGCCCAUCCAAGAAACUCCAGUCUGGUCAGCACUCUGGAUGCUGUAUCUUCAUCAAGUGAUGGAAAUACUGAGAAAAAUAAACUAACAGAAAUUUUAGAAACUAAUACAGAGCUUCUGGAAGCCCCAGACUCCACUACUGAUGAGAGUGGUAAUGACUCUUUUACAUGUUCAGAAUUUGAAUAUGACAAUAAUUUUGAUAAAGUUCAUAGAGACUUUGGACCAGGAAACAUGAUUUUCUCAAAACUUGCCGAAGAAGACAAUGAAAAUGAAGAGGACUCUGCUAAAGCCUAUGAUGGUUUUGAUUCAAUAAGAGGAUCUUUGAGCACAUUAGUGGCUUCAGAUGAUGACUUCUCAAAUCUUUCAUCGUAUAAACCUGCACAUGAUACUGUGUUAGGAUGGGAUUAUCUUCUCAACUGGGGUCCAAAUUUUCAAAGCUUAGUGGGUGUCUUUAAAGAUAUAGCUGAAUUACCAGAUACAGUCAAUACUGCCUCAGGACACUCCAAGCCUGGUGAAGAAUAUGUGUGACAUAAUUUAUUACUACUAUUAAAGAAAUUAUUGUGUUAAAUAUAUGUAUAGUCCACUUUAUUUUCUUAAGAAAAUUGAGAACACAACAGCAUAAAUUAGAUAAUCUUUGUAAACUUAACAAAUAUGUAACAAUGGCAUAAAAUA